UGAUCUUUUCUACUCCGCGAAACCCGGGCCAUCCGAAUUAUUACCCAGAACCACCAAAGCAACUACUUCACGACCCCAAUCUGAUUUCCAACCCGAACCGUCCGGUCUUCCAACACACUAGGGCUUCUUUCACUAUUUUCGCGACUUUUCUUUCGGUGGAAGCUAUCCUAAAACGUCACGAAUGUGCAAGAGCGAGGGGCGACUCACGACAAGACAUUCGAUUAGUCAAAACAUACUACCAUACUACCGUACAACCAAACACUGGCUUUUUUGACCAUAACGCACCUGACACCAGCCGGCCAAACCCUCCGCGAAGUACGAUCUCUGGGGAACUCGCGAGCUGUUUCUCGGCAGCACUCACAAAUUUCGAAGCGAUUGGACAUUUUACAACCGAUUUGAUUGAAGCACAACAAACGAAGCGCGAUUUUCCUCACUGGCGACGACCGCGAGGGCGGCGCGGCCAUAGCGACCCGAUCUGGCGUUCACCAAAAGUUGAUCGGGCGUUUGCCCGCAACUUGAACAUCCCAUGGAGUCCUCCAACGCAGCGGAGACGUCUACACUAACGCCAGUUGCCACCACACAACGGGCAAGAUGGGCCACACGCAAGAUGACCAUCAAGAGCAGCGGCUUGAAGCGGCUGUCGCUGCUCGGUAGGGCCCAAAAUCGAGGCUCCUCGACUGAGAAGAAGAGGGCGUCGAUGGGAAAGGGAGGCGAGUCGCUUCAACAAUCUUCAGAAGGAGACAAUGAGGAUCAAGACCAGGGCGAACAUGAUGAUCAGCCAGAAGGUCCUGGACCACGAACACUUUACUUCAACUUACCGCUGCCUCCUGAGAAGUUGAACGACAAGGGUGAGCUCGUCGACACUUAUCCGAGAAACAAGAUUCGGACUGCCAAAUACACACCCCUGUCGUUCAUCCCAAAAAACUUGUGGUUGCAAUUCCACAACAUCGCCAACAUUUAUUUUCUUUUUCUUGUCAUUCUAGCAUUUUUCCCUAUAUUUGGCAGCGUCAAUCCCGGCCUCGGCGCCGUGCCAUUAAUUUUCAUUGUCACGGUUACGGCAAUCAAAGAUGCGAUCGAGGAUUCUAGGAGGACUCAGUCCGACAUUGAGCUCAACGAUUCAACCGUCCACCGUCUCUGUGGGUGGAAUAAUAUCAACGUCAAGGAGGAUAAUAUAUCCUUAUGGCGAAGAUUUAAAAAGGGGAACACCAAGGUGUUCGGUGGUCUGUGGCGCUUCAUGGAGACUUUGUGGAGCAAAGAGGCUCGUGUGAAGAGAAGGGAGAAGGCUGCACAGGUCGCCGAUACUCCCAGAAUAUCAAUCGACACUAGGAGAACCGGCAGGCCCGAGUCGGUGAUCUCGCCCCACACCCACCGAACAUCUUUUAUAUCCGCUCGAGAGGAUAUCCCAAUGACCCCAGUCACGUCCCCGUUGCCGCGGGCAGAGGGUCAGCAGAACCUUGAGGUUGUGCCACAGCAAGAAGGUCUUGCAUCGGGGCGGCCAUCGUCCAACUUCUCUUUUCGGGGCGACUCGGCCGAACUGGCUCAUAUCAAGACUGACCUCAUCAACCGAACCAUUCCUGCUGAGGGCAAGGCGAGGUUUCGCCGCGACAAGUGGAAAAACCUGCAAGUUGGAGAUUUUGUCCGCAUAUACAGCGACGAUGAGUUACCGGCCGACAUCAUAAUAUUGGCCACUUCAGACCCCGAGGGUGCUUGUUACAUUGAAACCAAAAACUUGGACGGUGAAACGAACCUCAAGUUCCGCCAGGCAUUGAAGUGUGGGCGAAACAUGAAGAACUCUCGAGACUGCGAAAGGGCCCAGUUCAUCGUCGAAAGCGAGCCUCCGCAGCCCAACUUGUACAAGUAUAAUGGAGCGAUCAAGUGGAAUCAACCUAUCGAAGGUGAUGCCUCUGGCUCGUGGCGUGAAAUGACGGAGCCCAUCACCAUCGACAAUACGCUGCUUCGUGGCUGCAACCUGCGGAACACGGACUGGGUGUUGGGCGUUGUUCUGUUUACUGGCCACCACACCAAGAUCAUGAUGAACUCAGGUAUCACACCCAGUAAGAGGCCACGCAUUGCGAGAGAGCUCAACUACAACGUUUUGUACAACUUCUUCAUUCUCUUCGGCAUGUGCCUCCUCUCGGCAAUUGUCAACGGAUUUGCCUUCGGCACUUCAGACAACUCCAUAGCCUUGUUCGAAUAUGGCUCUAUCGGCCCGACUCCUGCCAUGAACGGCUUUAUCACGUUCUGGGCAGCCAUCAUUCUAUUCCAGAAUUUGGUACCGAUAUCCUUGUUCAUCUCUUUGGAGCUAGUGCGUCUUCUCCAGGCUUUCUUCAUUUACAGCGACGUCGACAUGUACUACGAGCCCAUCGAUCAACCUUGUAUACCGAAAUCCUGGAACAUCUCAGAUGACCUAGGUCAGAUAGAGUACAUUUUCUCGGACAAGACCGGAACCUUGACUCAGAACGUGAUGGAGUUCAAGAAAGCAACCAUUAAUGGUCAGCCCUAUGGUGAAGCCUACACAGAGGCACUGGCUGGUCUUCACCGUAGAAUGGGUAUCGAUGUGGAGAAGGAGGCGGCUGAGGCCCGUGUGCAAAUCGCAGCAGACAAGGAAAAGGCUCUUGCCGCUCUCCGUAAAAUUCACGACAAUCCUUACCUUCAUGAUGACGACUUGCAAUUCAUCGCCCCAGAUUUUGUCGAGGAUUUGAUGGGUGCUAACGGCCAGGAGCAGCAACAGGCUUGCGAGCGCUUCAUGCUUGCACUCGCCCUGUGCCACACCGUCAUACCAGAAAGGCAACCGGGCGAGAAAGCCACUAUGCUAUACAAGGCUCAGUCUCCAGAUGAGGCGGCUCUUGUCUCAACUGCCCGUGACAUGGGCUUCACUGUGCUGUCUUCUAACUCGGAUGGUGUCCGUCUCAACGUCAUGGGCGAGGAGAAAUACUACCCUAUCCUCAACACCAUUGAGUUCAACUCUUCUCGAAAGAGGAUGUCUGCGAUUGUCAGGAUGACGGAUGGCCAGACAGUGUUAUUCUGCAAAGGUGCCGACAGUAUCAUAUACUCGCGAUUGAAGAAGGGCGAGCAGAAGCAAUUAAGGACAGACACUGCUCAACAUCUUGAAAUGUUCGCACGGGAGGGUCUGCGUACGUUAUGUAUUGCCGAGCGCGUCCUCGGCGAGCAAGAAUAUCAGGCAUGGUCAAAAGAGUAUGCCGUGGCAGCUGCGGCUGUAGAGAAUCGCGAGGACAAGAUGGAGGCCAUUGCGGACCAGAUCGAGCAAGACUUGACCCUUCUGGGUGGGACGGCUAUCGAGGAUCGCCUUCAGGACGGCGUGCCACAGACGAUAGCUGUACUGGCUGAGGCCGGUAUCAAGCUCUGGGUGCUGACUGGUGACAAGGUCGAGACGGCCAUCAACAUUGGGUUCUCGUGCAACCUCCUCAAUAACGAUAUGGAGUUACUCAACCUCAAGGUUGACGAGGAUGAGACAGGUCUAACAACGCGAGAACAGUUUAUGGCCAAACUCGAGGCCGAAUUGGACAAAUAUCUCAAGAUAUUUAACCUGACUGGUAGCGAUGAAGACCUGGCAGCAGCCCGCAAGAUACACGAGGCGCCUCAGGCCACUCAUGCCGUUGUGAUUGAUGGUUUCACCCUGAGGUGGGUCCUCGAGGACACGCUCAAGCAGAAGUUCCUUCUUCUUUGCAAGCAAUGCAAGUCGGUUCUUUGUUGUCGUGUCAGCCCGGCGCAAAAGGCCGCCGUCUGCGCCAUGGUCAAGAAUGGCUUGGAUGUCAUGACGCUCUCGAUCGGCGACGGUGCCAAUGAUGUGGCCAUGAUCCAGGAGGCCGACGUCGGUGUCGGCAUUGCUGGAGUCGAGGGUCGUCAGGCCGUCAUGUCGUCCGAUUAUGCCAUUGCCCAGUUCUCGUUCCUCCAGCGACUUGUCCUGGUUCAUGGACGUUGGUCCUACCGACGCCUUGCCGAAUCGAUCAGCAACUUCUUCUACAAGAAUCUGGUGUGGGCAAUGCCUCUAUUCCUGUUCCAGAUCUACUGCGAUUUCGAUAUGACUUACCUCUUCGAUUACACCUACAUCCUCAUGUUCAACCUGCUCUUCACCUCGGUCCCCGUCAUCCUCAUGGGCGUGCUGGAUCAAGAUGUGUCCGAUACUGUUUCCCUGGCCGUGCCCCAACUGUACCGCCGUGGCAUUGAGCGCCUGGAGUGGACGCAGACAAAGUUCUGGCUUUACAUGUUGGAUGGCACUUACCAGGGUGUGAUGAGUUUCUUCAUCCCCUACUUGGUUGUGGUUGGCUCUCCCUUCGUCACCACGAACGGCCUUGACGUCACUGAUCGCGUCCGAUUUGGUGCCUACAUCGCUCACCCUGCCGUCGUAACCAUCAACCUUUAUAUCCUAAUCAACUCAUACCAGUGGGACUGGCUCAUUGUCCUAGUCGUCGUUCUGAGCGACCUCUUCGUCUUCUUUUGGACCGGUGUGUUCACCUCCAACACUUACUCGCAGUGGUUCUAUGAGGCGGCCCCUCAAAUUUACGCACAGCCCUCGUUUUGGGCAGUUUUCAUUAUCACUCCUGUUAUGUGCAUGUUCCCACGCUUUAGCAUCAAGGCGUUACAGAAGGUUUACUGGCCUUACGACGUCGACAUCAUCCGCGAGCAAGUCCAGCAGGGCAAGUUCGACCGAUUGCAGCCCGCUCCUGUUGGACAGACCCUUCCAGGAGGCCGAUCGACUGCCGGUUCAUCGCCUUCACUUGCCAAAGGCAACCCGGGCACUUUCAGCGGCCAAGACGACGAACGACCCAUCUAUCCUCCAUCCGUGGCAACGCACACCCGAACACAGACCGGAAGCGACGGUACCAAUUAUACGGGUCACAGAAUGUCCAUGGAACAGCAACAGUUGGAGCACCAACCAUUAGACCAGCUCACGCCCAUGGAGCACAUACCAACAAGACCAUCGAUAGACCGGGCACGGCCAUCUUACGAUCGUGUCAGGGCAUCGAUGGAUCGCGUACGGCCCAGCUACGAGGCGAGCAACGACUUCACCUCGGCAGCGCGGCUUUCCAGAGUCGAAUCAUCACGUUCGCGGGGCGGACCUCCACCAAGUUCCCACAACCUGUUUGCUGGGCGACUUCGUGGGCUGUCCAUAAUUUCAGCAAAGAGCAGACAUGGACCCGACUCUCGAGGUGGCCAAUAAAGACGUGGUCACUUACCAAGACAUGCCGGAUGUAGGCGAUGAUCCCACGCCUACCUCGAAAGAUUCACUUUUGCCUUUCUCUUGUAAUUAUACGUGGCAACACAACCAACAUACAGUCCAUUGCCCGGUGCUGCAACUGCUGUUCUUCUCAAGUUUUUGUCCUUUUUUUCUGGCCUCGUGAUUCUUUUUCUUGGCUUAUUGAUAUCCCCAAUUCCAGAUCUAGUCAUGCUCUGAUGAUUUGCAUGAGCGAUCUAUGAAUUUGUUUUAGCUUCCUCAUACGCUAGUCUUUCUCUCUCCCCCUGGGUUCGGUUGAAAGGCAGGAAGCAUCCUUCAUCAGUGUAACGGCACCACUCCAAGAAUUGUUGUUCAUCAAGCUCAUCGUAUUUCACACUUCAAAUUUUGCUUGGGGGUUUGUCAGUUUCACAUGCUACUCGCACAGCACACACGCAUUACUUAUUGACGUUUUAAUCACCCUCCUUUCAUUUUUUUUUUUGGUUUCUUUUUUUCUUCAUCAGAUAUACAUCCAAGACAGGAGCCAUGGCGUUUAGAACGGAGUGAGUGGGGAGUAGUUUUGAUGGUUGAGCUGGAGGAGAGAAGUGGAGGAACGUAGCAUGAGAUCAUUCCUAUAGAAACCCAAUUUACUCAAUUCUGAGCG